AUGAAUAAAUCUUAUCGAAAUAGACAUCCUUUAUUAAAAAUUGUUAAUAAUUCAUUAAUUGAUUUACCUGCUCCUUGUAAUCUUUCUAUUUGAUGAAAUUUUGGUUCAUUAUUAGGAUUAUGUUUAAUUAUUCAAAUUUUAACUGGUUUAUUUUUAGCCAUACAUUAUACAGCAGAUAUUCAAUUAGCUUUUAAUUCAGUUAAUCAUAUUUGUCGUGAUGUUAAUUAUGGUUGAUUAUUACGAACUAUACAUGCUAAUGGUGCAAGUUUUUUUUUUAUUUGUAUUUAUUUACAUAUUGGACGAGGUUUAUAUUAUAAAUCAUACUUAAAUACUCAUACAUGAAAUGUAGGAGUAUUAUUAUUAUUUUUAACUAUAGGAACAGCUUUUAUAGGUUAUGUUCUUCCUUGAGGACAAAUAUCAUUUUGAGGGGCUACAGUUAUUACUAAUUUAUUAUCCGCAAUUCCAUUUUUAGGGUUAGAUUUAGUUCAAUGAUUAUGAGGGGGAUUUGCUGUUGAUAAUGCAACUUUAACACGAUUUUUUACAUUUCAUUUUUUAUUACCUUUUUUAAUUUUAGGUACUACAGUAAUUCAUUUAUUAUUUUUACAUCAAUUAGGUUCUAAUAAUCCUUUAGGAAUUAAUAGUAAUGUUAAUAAAAUUCAUUUUCAUCCUUAUUAUAUUUAUAAAGAUUUAGUAGGAUUUUUAAUAUUAUUAAUAUUUUUAAUUAUUUUAUGUUUAACUAAUCCAUAUAUAUUAGGAGACCCAGAUAAUUUUAUUCCAGCUAAUCCAUUAAGAACACCAGUUCAUAUUCAACCAGAAUGAUAUUUUUUAUUUGCUUAUGCAAUUCUUCGAUCAAUUCCUAAUAAAUUAGGUGGAGUUAUUGCUCUAGUUAUAUCAAUUGCUAUUUUAUUUAUUAUACCUUUUGUUAAUAAAAGAAAUUUUCGUUCAUUAAGAUUUUAUCCUGUAAAUAAAAUAAUAUUUUGAUUAUUUUUUAUUAUUGUAAUUUUAUUAACAUGAAUUGGAGCUCGUCCUGUAGAAAGACCAUUUAUUUUAACUGGACAAAUUUUGACUAUUUUAUAUUUUUUAUAUUUUUUAAUUAAUCCAUUAAUGAUAAAAUUAUGAGAUAAUUUUAUUAAAUAA